AUGAGUUCAAACGGUGGUGAUCCACGUACAUAUAAAAAAAUGGAUGAUGAUAGCAAUACUGCUAAUCAUCAAGAUGGAUCAUCAACAUCAAAUAAUCAAAAUAUGGAUAAUAAAAAUAAUUUUACGAGUCCAACAGAUUCAUCAACCUCACGCAAUACUUCCUCAUCGCAUGUAACAAAUACUACUGAUUCAUAUAAUCGAUCAUCAAAUGAUCAUGGUAAAAGAUGCUGA